AUAGUUAGGUUUAUAAGGUCCUUCCUACAGGACCGCACUAUAAGGCUUACUAUCGGAAACUUUAUAGCGGAACCUAUUACAGUUACUACAGGAAUACUGCAGGGCUUUUUCCUAUUACUAAUACUUUUCCUUUUCUUUGCUAGCACGCUUCUACUAAUACUACAGCGCGGUAAUAUAACAGCCUAUAGAUUUAUUAAUAAUAUAAAUAUCCUUAUAUAUAGUAAAAGUAUAGAAGAAAACUAUAGGGCUAUUAAAUAG